UCAUGUGAUUUGUGUGAAACGGUCCUGCAUUGCAGAGAGCAGCAUUGAAACAGAGGGCACUGCAAAUCUAAAACCGAGUAAGAAGAGAAAGAAUAUCCCUCCAGUUGAGAUCUGAACCAUGCUCUCCUCCUUGAUCUGUGGUUUUUUAGCUCUGAUCACUUUGUGGUCAGUGAAUGCAACUGUUUUGACGUCUGACACAUUUCAAAAUAGUCCAUGCAUGAAGUUCUUUUAUAAGAGCCAGGAGCUCACUGGAUUUGAAGAUAGCAAUUACGCCAGAAUAUGCCAGAGUUUCAGGGACAGGUACUAUUUUGCAUCCCUAUACGAUAAACAACGACGGAUUCCAUUGUAUUCUGCUUCCUUGUUCAACUAUGCAGAUCCUUUGGACAAAGAGACUGACAUGUCGAAUGAACACUGGAAGUAUGAGGCACAGCUUCCUUACCCAAGUCAAAAUGGAAAUAUGCAGCAAAUAGAUAGCAAAGUCAAAGAUGAUCCAAUCGUCAAGCAAAGCCAACCAGUAGAAAUUGAUUAUAAUAAACUGUACCAAAAGGUGAAGUAUACAAGAGGGCAUUUGAAUCCUAACAGCUACAUGGGCAGUAAAUCUAGCAAAGCUUCUACAUUCACGGUGACAAAUGCUCCACCCCAGCCUCGUGGAUUUAAUCAGGACCAGUGGAGAAAUACAGAAAACAGAAUGCUAGGUCUUUUAAAUGACAAAUGUCACGUUGUGAGCGGAGUCAUCCCUUACCAGGAUGGGAAGUGGAUUCCAGAUAAUACAGAGCGCAGAGUGGCUGUACCCGAGUUUGUGUGGAUGGCUUAUUGUUGCCCAGAUCAGCAGCCUCCCACUGGUGCAGUAUUAGGACACAGCGAUGGAUCUGAAACAGUGACUAUCGGAGAAGGGCCUGACAAGUUACAGUUUAAACCUGUUGAAAUAAAAGACAUUGAGGUGUGUCAGCUGGAAGCCAUAUUGCGCUCCAGAUUGCAAUCUAAAAAUCUUAUCAUCUUUAAAGACGGUUGCAAGCAAGCUUUCAUUCAUUAAAAGUGUUGGGUGCAAGCAGAAAUGUGAAAGUGCUUUGCAAAAUUCUUCAAAUGAGUGCUUUCAAUCCAAUGUGUAACCUUCACUGAGAUAUAUUCCUCUAGUACCGCAUAUAGGAAUUGCUGCUUUAGACAUCUAGAGGUCUGCAAAAUUAAAAAUUCAAUGGACUCCCACAUGAUUUGAAGCUGACCUCAUGUCUGAAAUAAUAUAUAUAUAUAUAUAUAUAUAUAUAUAUAUAUAUAUAUAUAUAUAUAUAUAUAUAUAUAUAUAUAUAUAAAGAUUGAUAGGGAAGUCCACAGUAAUGGCUAUUUUAUGCAUGUAAUAAAAAAGGUUUAAAAUGUAUUUCAUUUAGUUAUAACAAUGUUAUUAAUGUGAAGACAACAAAAUAAAAUACCUUGGCAUUGUAAAUCAUGAAUAAAUAAAGUGGAAGUGGUUUCAAA